AAAGCAGGUGUGAGUGACUGUGGCAUGUGGUGUUGGUGAUAAUGAAGCUGUGAGGUCACAAGAUGGGGGCGUUGUGUGCGAGGUGGUGUUAGCGUCCGCGUCCUUCAUGGCGAUCUCUCAACCCUCCAUGUUUUGUUUACCUCGUGGAGACGCCCAAACUGCACAUUAUGAAGUACAAACAUUCUGGCAAGAUGGCUACAGAUGGCAUGCUAUCGUUGUCAUGGAAUAACCAUAAAGCCACAUUUUGCCACAUUCUCUCAACACUACGGGAAAAGGAGAGAUAUACUGAUGUUACUUUAGCAUGUGAAGGUAAAUUUUACCCAGUGCACAAACUAGUACUAUCAACAUGCAGUGAAUAUUUUGAAAAGAUGUUUGAGCAUACACCAUGUAAACAUCCAGUUAUAGUUUUAAAAGAUGUGAAACCUGAUGAACUAGAGGCUUUAUUAAGUUAUAUGUAUGCCGGUGUUGUGAGUGUAGCCCAGAAUGACUUGGCACGUCUGAUCAAAGCUGCCGAGUUACUUCAAAUUAAGGGUCUAGCUGUGCCUGAUGAACCACCCAUGAAAGAUGGUGCCAAGAAAAAUUCAUAUCCGUGGAGUUCGCGUGAUGAUAGGACCAGUCCCCAUCCAAAAAGACGACGACGUGAGGAGCAAGUUCCUUCUGUUCCGCAAGGAGGGUCACAGCCGUCAGAAAGUCCUCCUUCCUCCCCCCAUCACACAGAAUCGAACAAUAGUUUUGAACAAUCUAAAGCGCACACGCAAGACCAAAGAGGUGAAGACAGCAUUGAUCAGAGGUUGAGUGAGCGGACAGAGCAAACGGUGGACUAUAAUUCCACAAAACAAGAAUCUUCACAUGCUCAGGAUAAUGUAGAUGAAACUCUAGUCAAAGAAGAAAUUGUAGAUUCUGUGGAUGACAAUCAAGGGGAGAUGCUAGACUCUGGAAUGGAUUAUGGAUCUAUGGGUGGAGGUGACUCGAGUACAGGAGGGGAAGAACAGGGCAAUAAAUACACCCACCAGUUAGAUCCCAAGCAUCCUCAGCCACUUCCAGAAGCAGUUGUAGAAGCGUUAGCUGGUCCUUCGGGGAUGCAAGGGUGGCUUGGUACAGGUGAAAUUGGUGGAGGAUUUGGUAUGCUGGAAGGUUACAGUGAAGACGGCCAAGAGGUUCACCCGUCUUCCUCUGGUCCACCUGGUAGUCAACAGGCCCACCAGAUGGUGGGACUGUUCAGUGGUGGUUCGAGGAAUAGCAGGAGAGGAGCGAUCGGCAAGACGCACCAGUGCCCCUACUGUAAAUAUUCCGCAGUCAGGAAAGACCACAUUACAAAGCACAUUCGUACCCAUACAGGAGAAAAACCAUUUAGUUGCCCCUUUUGUACUUAUGGUGCUGCCUCAAAAGACAAUCUAAAAUUACAUAUUCGAACACACACAGGGGAAAAACCCUUUACUUGUCCCUAUUGCCCCUUUCGUGCUUCUCGAAAAGAUAGUUUGCAAAUUCAUAUUCGCAUUCAUACUGGAGAAAAACCUUAUACAUGUACCAAAUGUCCUUACCGUUCCUCUCAGAAGAAUUCUUUAGUGUGUCAUAUGUUGAAACAUGGAACAUGAAUUAAGGGUUUAGUGAUUGUUGUUCUCCAAAGCAUGGUAUUGGGUAUUAACCAAAUACUGUAAAAUUAUAUAAGCAUAGCUUGCAAUUGUGAUUUUGAAGAAUAAUAGUUAUAUUAAUAAUAACUGACCAAGGAUAAACCAUGUGAUUCGUGUCAUAGCACAUGAGCAAGUACUGUAUUGGAACUAGAAACCCCAACCUUUCUGGGAUAUUAAAAAUAGUAAUUCAUCAGUCUAGUUAGCACUGUCAGUUUAAAUUAAACCUGAAAAUCCAGCCAGCUUGGAAUAUAAGAAAACUGAGCAUCUGCUCUUUUAUGAUUAGGUUGUCACUAUAGCUGGUCAAUUCAUUCUAGUUUCUACUGUGAUCAGUCAAUAAACUAGAAAAAGGUAUUAAAGGUUAUUGUCACUAUGAAAUUGGAAGAAAACUCUACAUGAGGAGCAUUUCAUGUUUGUUGUCAUUACUAAAAUAACCAAAACUGCAAAAAUUAAAUGAAUGACAAUCAUAUAUUUAUGCAUAAAAGAAAGUCAGUCCUAAUGAGUCUCUUUGUGUAUUGAAAUGUAAAUUGAUACCUAGGUGUGCUAAACUCUUAAUUAUCUGCAUGGCUUGAGGAUAACCCUACUACUGUACUACAUAAGCACAAUACAUUAUUCAUUCAAUAAAACCCAUUACUGCACAGUAAGUAUAUUUUCUAUAGCCUAAUAUUUGCACUGUACAGUCUAAUAUACACAUUGUAAAGCAAAUAUACAUACUGUACAGUCUAAUAUAAAUAUACAAUAAAAAAGCCAAGAAUAAACACUGUAUAGUACAGUCUAAUUUUCAUACCAUACAGCCUGAUAUUGUAUACACAAUAUAUGGCCUAAUGCACUUUAUAACCUAAUAUGACCUGUACAGCUAAUACAGUAUAUACACACUGCACAGCCUGAUACACAAAACACAGCCUAAUACAUUUACUGAAUAGUAAAAUAUACAUUAAAGUCAAAUAUUCACACUGAACUGUACAUACACACUGAACAGUUUGAUAUUCUGUACAUUAAUCCCAGAUAUAUACUCUUUAUUAAACCUAUUCACUCUAAAGUUUGGUAUCGAAAAAGUAAGCCAGACCGAGAAUCCAGAGUUUAUUGUGAUACAGUAUUGUAUGUAUUCUAAAAGUAAUCAGUCAUUUAUGUUAAUGCAUUACAUCUUUGUUUUGUAGACAUUGAAUGUGACUCUAUUAAAAGUAGGACUUUUACAUAAAAAAAAAAUAAUUUGCAUGAGCCCCACCAAAUAUACAGAUGAAUUUAAUCAGAAAAAGUCUCACUGGAGGAUGUACUUAUAAGUGAGCUAACGGAACUGAUAUUGAGGUAUGGGCAUUGAAUGCUUUUCAUCAUUUGUUGGGUGUACAAUGCUGUAUGAGCUUGCUCAUCUUGACUAUAUGGAAAGGACCCACACUGGAUAAGCAGUAUUUCCUACUGGAAAAGUCCAAAAAUGAACAUAUUCACAAUUUUUUGUACCACAACCAACAUAAUUUGAAUUUCCACACACUAUCAUUAAAAAAUACAUUAUACCUGUACUGUAAUUUAAAACAAAAACUUCACCUCACCUUGUUGUAGUUCAUCUUCUUGAUUGAAGCUGCACAUCUGGAAAUUAAUAAUUCUUGACAAUUUAUGUAACCUAACAACAUUAAAAUUACUGUAUAGUACAUGAGCGUGGCAAGGUCACUUUUGACUCCCAGCUGCUGAAGCGUUACUAGUUGCAGGCUCUUGGCUUUUUGAUGAGGCUUCACUGGUUGAAGGUCAUUGGCUUGUUUGUGAGGCAUCAGUGAUUGAAGGGCCAUGGCAUGCUUUUUUUUACCAAAUAAGAAUGGAGUUGUGCUUACCUCCAAUGUUCAUUCGCCUCUCUUAUGAUCAGCUCUGGUUCACCUCAAGUACUGAUACAUGUUUACAUCUUCUGGAUUAGCACAGGUUGAUGAAAAAUUAAGUAGCAUGUCAACAGAAAUUAAUAAACUGUACAGUAUUUGUUUGUCUAUGGUAUUGUCAGCACAAUCUUCUUCCUCUUAACACCUGGACAAUUGCUGCUACUAGUCUUGGCAAAAAAUAACAAAGUUACUAUGAAAACUAAAAAUUUAUUAAAGAAAAUGUUUCACUAAUGGCAUGGCACUGUGGUAAAAUAUGAGGGAUCAAGAGCACAUGGCCUUUUUAGCUUGACCAGGCUUGGACGGGCCCACUUAGGGCAGACAGACACGUUGCAUAGGUCGGCAGGUGGGAAAAAUCACCAAAUUUUAGCAGGAAACUACAGUCUUCAGUCUGUACACGUAGUGUUUAGGAAAUUUGUGUUUGUUGUAAUAUUAGAUAAUAUUUCUUUGGGUUUUUACUUCAAUAAAUUGUUUACCCUCGUCACCCAAACAGUCCCUCCCGACACUCCUUACCUCGAAACCACCCAUCCUAACACCUCCAUCCCCUGUGCCUCUAGACACUGCUGUACAUGAUUUAUAAGUUAUGGCCCGAUGCCUGUCUGCUGUAUCUGGCAAAAUUUCUGGCUUUCCAGAUUUCUAUCUGGAUAUGGUGAAGUUGGCAGAAAGUUACCCAGACAUGGUUUAGAAUCUGUGCCAGUCUAAACUAUCUGGCCAAACCUCUGGUUAUUCAGAUUGCUAUCUGGAUAUGGCGAAGUUUUGCCAGAAAUAUAUCCGAACGCAAUGUUGGCUGGCUAGCCCAAAUAUUCGGAUAAGCAAGCACAUACAGUACUGUACUGUAAAUGAUUGGUUGUCCCAUGCUCUAUAAGAUAGCUUUAUUAUUUACAGUACUUGAAUAAUAAAUUGGUUGUUGACAAGAAUUCAGCCAGUCUUUCUUCGGGCCUCAUGUUAUGUCAAUAGUGUAUUGCUGCAUUUAAGUUGAAAAAUAAUUUGACAAAAUUGAGUUUACUAAUUUAUUUGGUGUGGAAUGUGUAGUGAUCAUGUGACUUAAGCUGAAAUAUGCAGUGUCAUUAGUUUAUCUUGAUAUAAAACAUGCUGGCAUCAUCAGUCUUGAUGAAUUAGAAUACCACAGUCUCCUGAUAGUCAAACGUCGGUAGUUUUGCACCCCAGUAACUGGGCACCAUGCAACAGGAAUAGCUGGGCAGUCAAAUACCGAAAGUUCUUCCCAAUCUUUGUACCAUGGUCUGAUUGUUUUAGAACAUAGGUAGCAGUGCCAGUGCUAUCUCUUGCAAAUUAUUAUUAUAUGAAAGUGCUCAAAUGUUUAUACAACAAAGAUUGUAAAGGAAACCUGAAAUCCUUAGACAUUCCCUAACUUGGAAUGAGAAUUGUAAGAGACUAUUAGAAAUCUAGUGUAUGCUUUAUGAUAAGAUUUAAUAAUGUAAACAAAAAAUUCCACCGUUUAAUAAGGAUCUCCUUCCAUUCACAAAUGUGUAGUUUGCUUCUAUAAGUAAUUUUUUUAAGUCUUCGUGUAAUGUAGUUUUAUUCCAUAAUUUUAAAUAAUGACAUGCUGUUAGUUGUAUUUUAACAUAAAUAGUCUUCGGUGAUUAUUUUUAUGAUUACUGUUUUGUAAUAGCAUAUUUUUGUAUGGUAUCAAAAUAAGUUAGAAGAAUAACUUGUGUAUGUAGGCUAAUUGAAAUAUAUUGAUAAUGAUUAA